AUGUCAAACCAUCUUCAAGACCCCUUACCCAAUUACCCUAAGCCAGUUUUAACCAAAGAGGAGAAAGAAAUCGACGAGAAAAUGGUGAGCUUGCAAGCAGAGAGUAUCGUCAACACCGUGGCUUUCCCCAUGGUUCUCAAAGCUGCCUUGGAGCUUGGCGUCAUUGACAAGAUCGCUGCAGCAGGCAACAACAUGUGGCUCUCACCGUAUGAGAUAGCCCGUAGUCUCCCAAACAAACCCACCAACCCGGAGGCGCCAGUGUUGCUUGACCGGAUGCUGCGGUUACUCGUCAGCCACUCGAUCUUGAAGUGCCGUAUGAUAGAAUGUAAAGAAAAUGGCCGAAUCGGAAAUAUGGAGAUGGUAUAUGCAACCGAACCGGUUUGCAAGUACUUCUUGAAAGAUAGUGAUGGUUCUGGUUCUCUUGGUUCUCUGUUUAUGUUGCUCCACACCGAAGUGUUUUUCAAGACUUGGACAAAUCUUAAAGAUGUGAUACUAGAAGGAAGAGAUGCAUUUAGCUCUGCCCACGGAAUGCAAAUUUUUGAAUACAUUAAUUCAGAUAGACAAUUUGCUGAAGUGUUUGAUCGUGCCAUGUCAGAACCUUCCAUCAUGAUUUUGAAGAAGGUUCUAGAAGUUUACAAAGGAUUCGAAGACGUUAACACUUUGGUGGAUGUUGGAGGAGGAAGUGGCACUACAUUAGGUCUAGUCACUUCCAAGUAUCCUCAUAUUAAGGGAGUUAAUUUUGACAUACCUCAUGUUUUAACCAAUGCUCCAUCUUAUCCAGGAGUGGAGCAUGUCUCUGGAGACAUGUUUAUAGAAGUUCCCAAAGGAGAUGCAUUAUUUAUGAAAUGGAUACUACAUGAUUGGUCGGACGAACUUUGUAUAAAGCUUCUAAAAAAUUGUUGGAAGAGCCUACCGGAAAAUGGAAAAGUAAUCAUUGUAGAUUUGAUUACACCAACAGAACCAAAGAGUGGUGACUUUUCCUCUAACUAUAUGUUUGGUAUGGACAUGUUGAUGCUAACACAAUGCUCAGGUGGUAAAGAGAGAUCGUUUUCGCAGUUGGAGAAUUUAGCAUUUGGUUCAGGUUUUAUUCGGUGUGAAGUUGUUUGUGGUGUCCAUUCAUAUUCUGUUAUCGAAUUCCACAAAUAGAUUUGGAAUCUACGAAAAGAAAUGAUGGGCCAACUGAAUAAAUGAUGAGGAUUGGUGCUUAUUUUAAUGAUUUUUAUUGCAUGUAACAUAGUUUUAUGGUGUUGGCUUGCUCAAUUUUCUUUUCAGUCUGUGGUGUUUGCCAAGUAUUAACGGAGUGUAAUGACUCUGAUUGGUAUGAAAGUGUGUUUGCAUCAUGUUUGCAAUUAAAAGAUUGUGUCCUAUGCUUAAA